AUUUUAUUUUAAUAAGGGCCUUUCUUGUCGCGACCCUGUCAUCGUGGUAAGAAACGACGUCGUUGGUCCGUCUUGAAUAAUAAGCAAAGCAUCGACGGUUUCCAGAUUCUAAUAAGGAAACCAACAUUUGCCUCGCUCUUUUUCUCCGCACCUUCGUUUUUUAUUUUUAUUUUUAUUUUUGUAAAAAUCCAAAGCCAUGCCCAACGAAAACAGUAUGAGAGCUCUGUGGAUCCUCAACAAUCUCGACGCCGUCGUUUUCUCCAGGAGGUUUCCGGUGGUGGAGAAGUGGUGGCGAGCUGCUUGCCAGAGUGAAAACGAGAGCUCCGACGACGAUCCUGCUAAGUACACUGUAUUUUCUUCGCUUCCCUCUGAUUCAGAGUUAGCUGCCGCAUUCUCUGAGAGAAAGAGAAGAGAGGGGUCUGUUCGCGGAUUUGGUAUACGUGUAACACAGUCAAGAGAAGGAUCUGAUUCAUGGGUUGAUGACCCAAUUACACGUCAUAUUGUAGGCCUUUACAUAAACAAAGAGGAGGAAGGAGAGAAUAAUCUAUUGUGGCCAUUAGCGUUGCACAUAAAGGGUCCUUAUUGCAUUCUUAUACUGCCCUUAGUUGAGCCCAGACAUGUAAAGGCUUAUGCAAGGUUGUGUAAGAGAUCUGAUUGUGGAAAUGCUGUCAUGGCAGAUGAAAAAUUUUCUUCUCUACUUCUAGAUCUUCCAUCCAUGACAGGGGCAUUCAUGGUGGCUCAUGCCAUUGGAGAAAUAGUUACUGGGGAUGUAGUAGAGCCUGAGGUGGUCGUAAGUGCAUCACCAUUAGUUGGUGGAUUGUUAGACUCACUUACUGGAAGUAUUGGGAUAUCAGGAAUCUCUUCAAGGGCGAAACCAGUAGCUGCACCUGUUGCAUCUUCUGCACCACCAGGUGCUCCUGUGAUGGGAGCUCUUGUAUCUGAUGUUCCAAAAAUUGGUUCAAGACUAUUGGAUAAAGAUGCACUUAGAAGUUUCAUAAAUAGCGCAAUGCCUUUUGGAACACCCUUGGACCUCAGCUAUUCCAACAUAUUCUCUAUCAAGGUUAAUGGCUUUUCUUCAUUAGAUGUGCCUCCACAAGACCUUAAGCAACCAGCAUGGAAGCCCUAUCUGUACAAGGGAAAGCAGAGACUUCUAUUCACCAUUCUUGAAACUCUUCAUGCUGCCAUGUAUGAUCGAGAUGAGAUUCCAGAUAGUUUAUCAGUCUCUGGGCAAAUAAACUGUCGAGCUGAAUUGGAAGGACUGCCUGAUGUGUCAUUCCCCUUGACAGGGUUGAGCACAUCUAAGAUUGAGGCUUUAUCAUUCCAUCCCUGUGCUCAGGUUCCAGAACAAAAUGUGGAUAAGCAGGCUCUGAUGUUCUCACCACCUUCGGGUAAUUUUGUUUUGAUGCGUUAUCAAGCUACAUGCGGCCUUGGACCUCCUGUAAAGGGAUUCUAUCAAUUGUCUAUGGUCUCUGAGGAUGAAGGUGCAUUUUUGUUCAAAUUGUGCCUAUUGGAAGGUUAUAAGUCUCCUUUGACAAUGGAGUUCUGCAAUGUGACUAUGCCUUUUCCGAGAAGAAGGGUUUUAUCUUUUCAUGGGACUCCAUCUAUUGGAACAGUUUCAAAUGCAGAGCAUUCUGUUGAAUGGAAAAUUAUCACUAGUGGACGAGGGCUUUCUGGGAAGAGUAUUGAGGCAAUAUUCCCUGGAACAGUAAGGUUUGCCCCAUGGCAGACACAAAGAUUACCUUCCUUUAGGUCAGUUUUUGAAGGUGCGACAGAUGAAGAAAGUGAUAAUGAGACAGAAAGUGCUAAUAAUAUGGUAAAUACAGAGGAGUUCCUAAUGGAGAAAAUGAAUAAGGAUCUUCCUACAGUUGAUCUAGAGGAGCCAUUUAGCUGGCAUGCAUACAACUAUGCUAAAGUAUCUUUCAAGAUUGUUGGAGCAUCAUUAUCUGGAAUGUCUAUUGAUCCCAAAUCAGUAAGCAUCUAUCCUGCUGUAAAAGCACCUGUGGAGUUAUCGACUCAGGUUACUUCUGGGGACUAUAUCUUGUGGAAUACAUUAGGAAAGUGCCCAUCUGCUGUAACUGUAAAAGUGUAAGGGUUACCAUACGGUACCUCGUAGACGGAUUUUACAAUGAGGGAAGGCUAUGCGAGUGUCAUGGUCCGUGCACAAAUUCUAAGCCAAGUGGGUCGAGAGACGUAGUUUGUUUGAGAUGGUGCGGGCGAAAGACCAAGAAGGAAAACUCUCAGCCCGUGACACAAGCAGCUGCUUCUGCUGAAAUCCUUUUUGUUUUGUGGAUUUGAGAUUUAAACUUUCGCACUUAUAAUUUUCUGUUUUUUUUUUUUGUUUUAUUCUCGUGAUGCGAUUGCUGCGAACAUGAAAAAGAAAAACAGGGAUUUAUUAUUUAUUUCUAUAGCAGAUGAUUUUCUAGAACUCUAGUUUGAAGUUUUAAGAAACUUUGUUAAUUGACAAAAAUGUCUGAUUUUAAACAUGCAUAAUUUUAAUAUUAAA